AUGGUCAAAACUCAAGCAGGUAUAAUUGUUCUCAUUACGUUUGCUUCCAUUCUGUCCAUUGUCAGUGAACUCCAACACAUUCUGGACAAGAAAAACAUCUGCCAGUGCUUGCUGUUUGUCUAUGCUCUUUCCUCAGCUGUCCCCUUCCCUCUAAGUCACCGUCUGACGAUGAAGGAGGUCAUCGACAGUGAAGGGAAGCCUCGCGUGGACCUGCUCAAGGCCCACCUUACCAAGGAGGGACGCGUGGAGGAGGCAGUCGCACUGCGUAUCAUCAAUGAAGGCGCGGCUAUCCUGCGCCAAGAGAAAACUAUGCUGGACAUAGAGGCGCCAGUCACAGUGUGCGGGGACAUCCACGGGCAAUUCUUUGACCUUAUGAAGCUGUUUGAAGUGGGGGGGUCACCAGCCACAACACGGUACCUGUUCCUUGGGGAUUACGUGGACCGUGGCUACUUCAGCAUUGAGUGUGUUUUAUAUCUUUGGUCGCUGAAAAUCCUCUAUCCAAAGACGCUAUUUCUACUGCGAGGAAAUCAUGAAUGUAGACAUUUGACAGAAUAUUUCACCUUCAAACAAGAAUGUAAAAUAAAGUACUCAGAGCAGGUGUAUGACUCGUGUAUGGAUGCGUUUGACUGCCUUCCCCUGGCCGCUCUCAUGAACCAACAGUUUCUGUGCGUCCAUGGUGGACUCUCGCCGGAAAUACACACCUUAGAUGACAUAAAGAAGCUGGACCGGUUCAAAGAGCCCCCAGCCUUUGGGCCUAUGUGUGACCUGCUGUGGUCUGACCCUCUGGAAGACUUUGGCAAUGAGAGGACCCAGGAGUUCUUCAGCCACAACACGGUCCGAGGAUGCUCUUACUUCUACAGCUAUCCGGCUGUGUGUGAGUUUCUACAGAGCAAUAACUUACUAUCAGUCAUACGAGCACAUGAAGCACAAGACGCUGGCUACCGGAUGUACCGCAAGAGUCAGACUACAGGAUUCCCCUCCCUCAUUACCAUCUUCUCAGCACCAAACUACUUGGAUGUUUACAACAACAAAGCUGCAGUACUUAAGUAUGAGAACAACGUCAUGAACAUCCGGCAGUUCAAUUGCUCACCCCAUCCCUACUGGCUGCCCAACUUCAUGGACGUCUUCACCUGGUCUCUGCCCUUUGUUGGAGAAAAAGUCACAGAAAUGUUGGUGAACGUGCUGAGUAUCUGCUCUGAUGAUGAACUAAUGAAUGAUGAAGACGAGCUCUUUGAUGCCAAUGCAGCUGCUGCACGCAAGGAGGUGAUCAAAAACAAGAUCCGCGCCAUUGGGAAGAUGGCCAAGAUGUUCUCGGUUCUCAGAGAAGAGAGUGAAAACGUGUUGACACUUAAGGGUCUGACGCCCACCGGCAUGCUGCCAAGUGGGGUGCUCUCUGGGGGCAAACAGACACUGCAGAGUGCCACUAUUGAGGCCAUCGAAGCUAUCGAGACAGAAGCUGAGGACGGAGAAGCCAUCCGGGGAUUCUCACCCCAGCACAAGAUCACCAGCUUUGAGGAGGCUAAGGGCCUCGAUCGCAUCAACGAGCGCAUGCCACCACGCAAGGAUGGAGUGAACCAUGUGGGCCACUCCAUGGGAAAAAUGAACAUGUCGGAGGCAAAUGGCACCGAUGACAACAGCAACGUCCAGUGAUGUGCUGUCUCAGCCUCUCUGCUGCUGACACAGCAUACAGCAAGACAUUGCCAAAUCACAAUAUCAGGCCUCAGAAUAUAAACAGAACCAACACAGGCCCACAGACAGUACAUGAAAACAGGGCAGGAAAUCUAAAAUAGGUGAAAAGGUAAAUAAUUUUAUGUCACUGCACUGGCGAGAGAGGGACAGAAUCUAGAGCAGGAUCAAGGAGAACUGCAAAAGGAACCUAUUUGGCUGACGUGUACUUUAAAGUUGUAUAUGUCUGUUGUUCUCAAUCUUAA